AAUGCUCGCCGUUCGUACCGUCCUUCCGACUUCCGCCUCAACUUAGAGCUACGAUGGCCCCCACCAAGAAAGGUGAAAAGAAAAAAGGGCGUUCAGCCAUCAACGAGGUGGUGACCAGAGAGUACACCAUCAAUGUCCACAAGCGCAUCCAUGGAGUAGGUUUCAAGAGGAGGGCUCCCCGCGCCAUCAAAGAGAUCCGCAACUUUGCCAUGAAGGAGAUGGGAACCCCUGAUGUCCGCAUUGACACUCGCCUCAACAAGGCCGUGUGGAGCAAGGGUGUCAGGAACGUGCCGUACAGGAUACGCGUGCGUCUGUCCAGGAAGCGUAAUGAGGAUGAGGAUUCUCCCAACAAGCUGUACACCCUGGUCACAUAUGUUCCAGUCACCACAUGCAAAGGUCUGCAGACUGUUAAUGUUGAUGAAAACUAAACAUGCCCCUUCUGUGAGUUAAAUAAACACAACUGUUUAUUCA